UGCGCUUCUGAUUGAUUGAUGUCUCAGUCUCACCACAACAACAAGCGCCCGAAUUGUAAUAGUAGCAGCAGCAGCAGCAGCAGCAGCAGCAGCAACGGCGUCGGCGGUGGUUGUGGUGGCCGUUUAUCGACCAUGAAGAAAGCCAAGUCUCAGUCUCUGACUUGCUCUAUUGAGAAGAACAGCUUCCAUCUGCAACAGCAGCAGAAUCAGAAUCAUUUUGUCAAACAAAACGAUGAUUCAUCGAUGAUUCUUGACGAGGAUUUCAAGGCUGAUGCUUCCGAUGUCUCUCCCGGCUGUAGUGGUGCCCCGAUCGGUGUUGCUGCCAAUUUGUCCAGAAAGAAGGCCACGCUGCCUCAACCUUCCAAGAAACUGGUUAUCAAGCUUGUCAAAGCUAAGCCAAUACUCCCUACCAAUUUUGAGGAGGAUACAUGGGCAAUGUUGAAGUCAGCUAUUAGUGCUAUCCUUUUGAAGCAACCAAAUCCUUGCGACUCUGAGAAGCUUUAUCAGGCUGUUUAUGAACUCUGCUUGCACAAGAUGGGAGGUAGUCUUUAUCAACGAAUUGAGAAGGAAUGUGAAUCACACAUUUCUGCAACCCUAAAAUCAUUGGUUGGCCAGAGCCCAGAUCUGGUGGUUUUCUUGUCUCUUGUAGAGAAAUGUUGGCAGGAUCUUUGUGACCAGAUGUUGAUGAUCCGUGGUAUAGCCCUUUAUCUUGACAGGACGUAUGUGAAACAAAACCCAAAUGUGCAUUCUUUGUGGGAUAUGGGGUUGCAGUUGUUCCGCAAACAUCUUUCUUUGUCUCCAGAAGUUAAGCACAAAACAGUCACUGGCCUUCUAAGAUUGAUUGAAAGGGAAAGAUUAGCUGAAGCUAUUGACAGGACACUCCUAGGCCAUCUUUUGAAGAUGUUCACUGCUCUAGGAAUCUACUCAGAAAGCUUUGAAAAGCCAUUUCUUGAGUGCACGUCUGAAUUUUAUGCUUCUGAGGGUGUGAAGUACAUGCAGCAAUCAGAUGUUCCAGAUUAUUUGAAGCAUGUGGAGUCAAGGUUGCAUGAAGAACAUGAAAGGUUGAUGCUCUACUUAGACCCGAGUACUAGGAAGCCACUGGUGGCAACUGCAGAAAAGCAACUUCUUGAACGACAUACUUCUGCAAUUCUUGAUAAGGGAUUCACAAUGUUAAUGGAUGGAAAUCGAAUUGAGGACCUUCGGAGGAUAUACACUCUGUUUUCAAGGGUCAAUGCCCUUGAAUUACUACGGCAAGCCCUUGGUUCUUACAUCCGGGGUACUGGGCAGGGCAUUGUUAUUGAUGAAGAGAAAGACAAAGAUCUGGUACCCUGUCUCUUAGAGUUUAAGGCUUCUCUCGAUACAAUCUGGGAAGAAAGCUUCUCAAGGAAUGAGUCAUUUUCUAAUACCAUAAAGGAUGCAUUUGAGCAUCUCAUUAAUCUCCGCCAGGUUGGUAUGCAUACUCUUUUUUAUCAAGUAGCAGCAAAAUUAGUAAAUGAAAAAUAAGAAAUGACACAAUUAAGUGGCAGUGAACUACUGAGAAUGACUGAUAUCUACAAAAUCAGUAUUAUUGCACAUAAUAGAGAAAUUACCUAGCACUAUGCAUGUAUUCAAGAAGUCUUGUAAAGAAGAUUGAAACUUGAAAUAAGUUAUGGACUUCAAAAUUUUGCUCUAAAGAACUGGGCUUCCCGGGAUACCUAUGGGAGCUGCUAAUAUUUAUUUUUUUAAUUAUUUUUUUUUCUAUAUAUGACUGCUGAAACAAAAUUUAAUAGAAGGAAGAAAAUGUUUUGACAUUCAUUGUUGUGUGCCCUUUCAACAGCUUGAGCUUUUGGGAUAAAUGGUUGUAAGGUGGUAUUAGAUCUAGGAGGUCGGUUGUUCGAUCCCUGGUUAGUGUUGGGGUUUGUGUUGCAUGAUGUUGUGCCCUUAUGCCUUGUACCCUUGGUGAUGCAGAUUAA